ACUUUUUAUUUUGAUAAGAAAAUAAAACAAAACUAUUCUUUAAAGAAAAAGAAAAACCACACUAAGGAUUAAGGAAUUAAACAAAAAAAAAAAAAAAGAGAUCUUCAUCUUCCUUCCCAACAGGUUGAAUUCCGGGCAGCUGUUAGAUUCCUGAUUCAGCGAACCAAUUGCUUCCUCAAUUUCCCGACGAACUUACCAGUCAAGCUCUCCCAUCCUCCCAUCGCCAUUCUCAAGCUACGCUGCUAUCAAUUCCCCUCCGCCACUUUCCGAGCUCGCGCCUAAUCGUUGCCGGGUGAGCCGGCAUGGCGGGGCCGAACAUGGAUCAAUUUGAGGCUUACUUCAGACGAGCAGAUUUGGACGGCGAUGGAAAGAUCAGUGGAGCUGAAGCUGUUGCUUUCUUCCAGGGAUCCAAUUUGCACAAACAAGUCCUUGCUCAGAUUUGGAUGCAUGCUGAUCAAAGUCGCAGUGGCUUCCUCGGUCGAGCAGAAUUUUACAAUGCUCUUAAGCUCGUGACUGUUGCACAGAGCAAGAGAGAGCUGACACCUGAGAUUGUGAAGGCUGCGCUAUAUGGUCCUGCUGCGGCCAAAAUCCCAGCACCACAAAUUAAUCUUGCAGCUGUGCCUGCAGCUCAAGCGGGCUCAAUGGGUGCUCAACAGAUGGGCAUGCCUGCCUCAGCGUCAGCUCAGAGUCCUGGCAUUAGACCACAAGGUGCUCCAACUAUGGGUAUGAACCCAAAUUACUUUCCAUCUCAACAAAAUCAGUUUAUGAGACCAGGUCAGCCGAUUACUCCAGUAUCUGGCCCUCGGCCACCUCAGGCAAUAUCUCCUGUGGCAGCCCCUCGACCACCUCAGACAAUUUCUCCUGCAGCUGCUCCUCAACUGCCUCAGGCUAGCAUGAUGGUUAGCUCUCAGCCAAUGUCUACUGGUACUGCUUAUCGUCCAACCCCACAAUCCAUGGCUGGUGCUGGUGGUGGUCUUGGUGCAUCAACUUCUGGUAUUACGACUGAUUGGCUGGGUGGAAGAAGUGGCGUAUCUAUACCUGGUGCUGGACCUAGAGCUGCCAGCCCAACUACUAGUUUGCAGCAACUAACUCCAAGUUCUAUGUCUUCACCAUCUAUUGUUACUGACUCCAAAGCUAUAGUGUCUUCUGGCAAUGUGUCGGCAACUACUUCUUCCUUCGGAGAUGACAUGUUCUCAGUUUCUCCUUCUACAAAAAAGCAGGAACCUCCAAAACCAACUUAUUCUGCUGCUAAUCCAUCCCCGACAUCUGCUCUUGCCCCGGUCUCUUCCCUUGGUCAAGCCCCUAUCAAGUCCAACUCGCUUGGCUCGUUGCAGGAUGCUUUUUUUCAGCAAUCCCUUGGCGGUCUUCAACGGGCCCAAUCAUUGCCGACAAUAGGGCAGCAGGUUUCUGCUUCAAGUUCUGCUUUACCUGCUUCACCUGUGACUUCUGUUGGACUAGGAAGUACCUUAGACAACAACUCCCAGCCUGUGUGGCCAAAGAUGAAAGCAGCAGAAAUUCAGAAGUACACAAAGGUGUUCAUGGAAGUAGACACGGACCGGGAUGGAAAGAUUACCGGUGAGCAGGCGCGCACCCUUUUUCUAAGCUGGAGGUUGCCAAGAGAGGUCUUGAAGCAGGUCUGGGAUUUGUCUGACCAGGAUAGUGAUAGCAUGCUUUCUUUGAGGGAGUUCUGCUUUGCUCUCUAUUUAAUGGAAAGGUUCAGGGAAGGUCGUCCUCUGCCACCCUCCCUCCCCCGUAAUGUGAUGUUCGACGAAACACUGAUGUCAAUGACAGGCCAACCUAAGGUUGCUUAUGGAAAUGCUGCAUGGGGGCCUGGUGCUGGUUUUGCUCAGCAGCCAAGAAUGGGCCCUCGACCACCAAUGGGUCCUGCACCUGGCUUGAGACCACCAGCUCCAGUACCUGGACCUCAGCAUGAUGUUGCAGCUGUGUCCAGUCAGAACAAGUUUGGAGCUCCUGUGUUGGAUGACUCCUUUCUGAGUCGUGAGAAUGGCGAUUCUGGGAAUGCAAUCCCGCAAGAUGCAACUACAGAGAAAAAGGCUGAAGGAGCAGAGAAGUUGAUAUUGGAUUCCAGAGAGAAAAUUGAGUACUACCGCAGUAAAAUGCAGGAUCUUGUUCUAUAUAAGAGCAGAUGUGACAAUCGGCUUAAUGAGAUCACAGAAAGAGCACUAGCAGAUAAGCGUGAGGCUGAAAUCUUGGGUAAGAAGUAUGAAGAAAAGUACAAGCAGGUUGCUGAAGUGGCCUCUAAACUAACUAUUGAAGAAGCCCAGUUUCGGGAUAUUCAGGAACGAAAGAAGGAGUUGCAUCAAGCAAUCGUUAACAUGGAACAAGGUGGCAGUGCCGACGGCCUUCUUCAGGUCCGUGCAGAUCGUAUACAGUCAGAUCUGGAUGAAUUGACGAAGGUUUUAAUCGAACGUUCCAAGAAGCACAAUUUGGAUAUCAAGUCGACUGCUAUGGUCGAGCUUCCAUUUGGAUGGCAACCUGGAAUUCAAGAAAAUGCCGUUCCUUGGGAUGAAGAAUGGGAUAAGUUCGAAGAUGAAGGUUUUGGCCAUGAUCUCACUAUUGAUGUGAAAAACGUUUCUGAGGCUGCAAACGGAACAGCCAAUGCUGUCCAAAAUGGAAUAGCAUCGCCAAGUGGUAGCUUAACUCCAGAUUCUUUGUCCAACGGUAAUGCAAAAUCCGGGAACUUCAGAAACACUCAUGAUCAUGAGCAUAACCUCGAGGAGAAUGAAUCUGCAUACACUCACAGUGAAGUUGAAUCGGUGGCACGAAGCCCUCAUGGAAGCCCUGCUGGAAGGACCCCUUCACGGGACUUCUCUGAUGUUUUUGCAAAGAGCACUGAAGGAGAUUCAGAAGUUCAUAGAAGUUUCGACGAUUCAGCAUGGGGUGCAGCAUUUGACUCGAACGACGACGUGGAUUCCGUAUGGGGAUUUAAUCCUGCCAGCGCCAAGGAUACUGAUUCAGAGAAGCACCAAGACUUCUUUGGCGGCGAUGAUUUCGGCAUAAAGCCAAUAAGGACAUCUGGAUCUCCAACCAGCACAACAGACCACAUUUUCCAGAAGAAGAGCAUAUUCUUUGAGGAAUCUGUAGCUGGCUCUCCCAUGUCCAGGUUUGCCAACUCUCCGAGGUUUAGUGAAGCCGGUGACCAAUUUGACAGCUUCUCGAGGUUCGACUCCUUCAGCAUGCACGACGGUAGCGGGUUUUCGCCACAGAAGGCAACGCUUUCGAGGUUCGACUCCAUAAAUAGCAGCAAGGACUUUGGUGGUGGUGGUGGUGGUGGUGGUGGUGGAUACGACCGUUCAUUCUCUUCGUUCGAUGAUGGAGACCCUUUUGGGUCCAGUGAGCCUUUCAAAGUUUCCUCUUCGUCGGACCCCCAUCACAGUCCUAAGAAAAGCUCUGACAGUUGGAAUGCCUUCUAGCCAAAAGCCAAAUCCCUAUCUUUUUCUCCCUUCAAUUCAAUGGGCUGAAAAUGUGUCCAGUUUUACCACUCCGGAGUUUGCUGAUUACUCCAGUAUAUUAAUACCAUCGAGAGAGGAGGGAUUGUUCAGUGUUGUCGGCGGCAAUGGAUAUCUUCAUUUUGGAAAAGGAAUGCUUGCUUUUGUUAUGUAUAGCGUGAGCUGAGAAUUGUACUAGUGUAGAGCUUGGUCGACAUGACUGUAAGCCUGUUGUAUUUCGUGCGGUUUUUGUUCUUUAGAUUCGCAUUAUAUCAUUGUAUCAUGUAUUCAUGUGCUUCUCUCUUCUCUCUUCCCUUUUCUUGUUCCUCAAUUUUGGAUGGAACUCUAAGGUACAUAAAUUUACAAAAAAGAACAGAUGUUUUGUUUUCUUCUGUUUUAGCCUGUGAAUUCAGCGACCGAAUUCCAUGCAAUCUUAUUGAUUUGUUUGGAUAAGAUGUGAUGAGACAUUAUGGUAAAAUGUCUCCUUUGACAAAUAAGAAAAACAGGACAUUUUGAUGUUACCGUGUCUUCUUCGAGUCAUUUCGCAAUGUUGAUGCAUGGCAAAAAUGUUUUGGGUUUUUCUUAAAUCAUAUGUUCUCUCCAAAUGACAUUCAGGGACAUUCCAUAAAAUUGGAAUGACACAGACGAUUAGUAUGACCAGUUGACCACAAAUGGUCCUAUUUUUGUAAUAUUCAACGAGAAAAUAUGUCUUCUCCAGAUGAUGCUUUACAUUUUGCGGGUUAAUUGCAUGCUAUACCACUUAAGUUUUGGCUUGGUUGCACGUUAAUCACUUAGAUUUGUUUAGUUGCAACUAAAACACUUAAGUUCAAUGUUCGUUGCACCGUCACCUUUUCCAUCCAAAAACUUAACGACGGGUAUGAAAAAGUAAUUUUACAUGCCACAUGGACAUUCUAUUUGUUUUAGCUUCUACAAUGAUCUGAGUUUUUUAUUUUCUUUCGACGAUUUCAAUUUUAUCAUUGUUCAAUGAGCAUGAGAUUCAAAACCAAUAUCGGCAAGCUCUUGUCUUUCAAUCUCGACAAGCUCUCUUCUUGCUAUCUCUACUCUCUCCGAAGCCUUCUCCAACUCAUCAAGCAACGCUUUGUUAUCUUCUCUCCCCAAUAGUUCCUCAACUUGCUUGCCCACCAUGCCGCUGAGCGCAUCCUUCAGAUUAUCGUCGCCGCUGCAUUUUGCGAUGACCGAUUUGUUGGGAAACGAAGAAUUGGGUCGAGAGAAGAGAGGCGGCGACAAUGGAAAUUUGUUGCCUAAUAAUGAAAAAAUCGGCUUGGUCGUGCUCGUUCUUGAAAUGACUGGAUGAUUAUACGAUUGCACUGUUUGCUUGGCCGCCACUUUCCCCCCAAUCUUAGCGAGAAGCAAGCAGGAAUGGAGAAGGAUUGCUCUCGUGUGGGAUUGAUGACCCUGAAAACCGAAACGUUUCUUCUCUUCCUUGGGAGGAUAAUAAAACGAGGUGAAUUUGACGAAAGGAGGCGGCUUUUUCUUUUGUUAAUUUGGAGGGGCUAUGUUGGGGGUUAAUUGCAUGUCAUGCCACUUAAGUUUACCCAGCUUAUGUGAGUCAGCAGUCCAAAGCUGCGCUAGAAUGUCCAUGUGGCAUGUAAAAUUAUUUUUUCAUACUCGUCGUUAAGUUUUUUGAUGGAAAAGAUGACGGUGCAACAAACAUUGAACUUAAAUGUUUUAGUUGCAACUAAACAAAUCUAAAUGGUUAACGUGCAACCAAACCAAAACUUAAGUGGCAUGACAUGCAAUUAACCCACAUUUUGCCCAAUCAAAUUGAGGUAUUGACCCAUUAAAGUUACUAGAAUUAAUACCCGCGGCUACGCAGGAACAAAAUUUGCAUUAACAUGAUCAUAUGGCUGACAAUUUGAUGGCAAACUGAGUUCCUAUCAACUGAGUUUGUUGUAUUCUUGUCGCUGGGCUGAAUUUCAGAAUAUUGGAAGUGUAGUUGGCAAACCUUCGCAUCUCGAGUUGCAUAGUCAAUUAGCAUGGUGCUCUCAAUCAUCAAAUUAUGUUUAAGGUCCAAAAUCUUUUCAUAACUAAAUACAAAACAAUUAGUAAAAUCCAAGUAUUUUCCCCGGUUGCUACAGAUGAGAGAUAUCUCCAAGUAUAGGCAUAUUAUAAAAAUAUGUGAGCUUCAAAUUUGGUUAUGCCAAACUUCCUUUGGGGAGAAAAAGGCAAUUUCGUUUGAUGGAAAUGGAUGAACCUACAAUGUAAUAAUUUUCCAUGUGACCUUCAGCCACGGUGAUGAAGAAGUUUGGAUUCCCUGAGCUUGUAGAGACAUAGUCCCUCGCUUCAUUCUCAUUCUGAUAUCAUGUAUCAAUUGACAAUGUAACCAUUCAAUUCUCUGUCGAUGCAAAACUAAUAUCUUAAGAAGGCCCAAAAGUGUACCCGGCCAUAACUGCAUCAAUUGAGCAGGAAUCGUUCUUAUUAUGCCAAAGCAAACUUAAUUGUUCGGGAAGGUAAAAACAGACAUCAUGAAAAACCAAAUCAUAGUGUAAAUGCACCCCUUGUAUUUGUCUCCAGAGGACGGUUUGGUUUCUCAGUGUAGUCAAUUUCGCCUUACUCUUCCCUUCUCCACCACUCUUUUUGGUUUUCAUUUCCUUGAGUUUUCAGGCAGAAAUUGACCCAUAGAAGAUACAAAUUUCUGCAUUAGUGUUUCAUGUUCAAAAUGUUUUGUUCAACACAAAGCGAGAACUACCUGCAAAGUUUCAGAUGUCCUGUAAAGUCCGACAACCUAUCUCCUCCUCCACACCAAUUUCCUCUGUAGUUUCUCCGUCGUUUUUUCUUUUUUCUUUUGUAAUCAUCUGUUCCUUGUUUUCUCUCUUCCGAUGCAAUAAAGCUUUCACCUGUAAGAAGAGAAAGAAAAAGAAAAAACAGGUUUUUUACAAAAAAAUAAAAAAGGUUUGUAAAGCAAGCAAUUCUAAAACCGCAUCCAUGGAAGGUAAUCGGAGACUUAUUAUUCUGAAAAAACUAUGGUAUGACAAAGAAAGGUAACAGAUUCCAGAGGUCUCUCUGUAAGUGCAGCCAAAUUGAAAGAAAAUACAUGGGGGGGACAUACACGACAGAGAAUAUAUGCAGAUAUAUUAAAUCAAAAGAUAUGUACAAAACAACAUUGAUAAUCAGAAACGGUAAAGUUCCGGAAGCUAGAGUCCCUCCAAAAAAUGGUACUAAAGGGACCAUACUGAAUCUUUUCGCUUGAAAGUCCUACAAUAGAAUCAACACAUUUUCUAUAACAUGUUUGAGUGAAAGCGCACUCUAUGAAAGGAGUAUACCUCCCUUGUGUUUCAAGUUGCACUAAGAAAAGAAGAAUUCAAGUACGCAUCAUAAAACUCCCCUGAACCAUCAGCGAGGUUAGCUUUUGCGAAUCCAAGAGAUAUGGAAAAGAUUAAGAAUACUUAACCCUACAAAUCCAGAAAAAAGGUGGUUUGUACUGGUUUUCACUUUGAACUAAGAAGAAAGUGCAGCUAAUUACCUUUCUUUCAACUUGUUGAAUGAUCUCCAAACUUCCUGAAUACAUCAGUUUCUGGUUGUUAUAAUUCCAAUACCGAAAUAUGCAAUUGAAAUUAGAUUAACUCACAGAAACAAAAGGGACUAAUGAAU